UGCCGCUUCAUAGACUGAAAGAAUACGAAUAGAGAGGCAACAUGAAAGAACUGACCUCAAAGAGACGCGAGAAGCCUAAAGACUCAAAAGGCGAAAAGCAGAAAGAGACGGGCCCCGAACCUCAGGAUGUAGAGAUGCCCGAGGAAGAUGCGGCUGACUCUGAGAAACCGCCGAAGGAACUCGACUCCCUUACUCUCGAAGACAUUAAGGAGCACGUGAAGCAGAUUGAAAAGGCGGUGUCAGGGAAGGAGCCUCGUUUUGUCCUGCGGGCCCUGAGGGCUCUGCCCUCCACCAGCCGUCGCCUCAACCCCAAUGUCCUCCACAAGACCAUCUCUGGCUUCUACACCUCCAACGCCGCCAGCAAGGAGUUCCUGCUCAGUUUCCUGGAGGAGCCCAUGGACACAGAGGGGGACGUGCAGUUCAGGCCCCGCACAGGGAAGGCAGCCGCCACUCCACUCAUCCCCGAGGUGGAAGCUUACCUUCAGCUGCUCAUGGUCGUCUACCUCACCAACAACAAGCGCUACCCAGAGGCCCAGAAGGUGUCAGAUGACCUCCUGCAGAAGAUCAGCUCACAGAACCGCCGAGCUCUGGACCUGGUGGCAGCCAAAUGUUACUACUACCACUCCCGCGUCUAUGAGUUCCUCAACCAGUUAGACGCCAUACGCAGCUUCCUGCACACGCGUCUGCGCACGGCCACGUUGCGUCACGACGCUGACGGCCAGGCCACGCUGCUCAACCUCCUGCUGAGGAACUACCUGCAGUACAACCUGUACGACCAGGCCGAGAAACUGGUGUCCAAGUCCGUCUUUCCCGAGCUGGCCAACAACAACGAGUGGGCUCGUUACCUCUAUUACACAGGACGUAUUAAGGCCAUUCAGCUGGAGUAUUCAGAGGCCAGGAGGACUCUAACUAACGCCCUGAGAAAGGCUCCACAACACACAGCUGUGGGCUUCAAACAGACGGUCCAUAAACUGCUGAUUGUAGUGGAGUUGUUGCUAGGGGAGAUCCCUGACCGUUUGCAGUUCCGCCAGCCUUCUCUGAAGCGAUCUCUAAUGCCAUACUUCCUCCUCACACAGGCUGUGAGGACUGGUAACCUUGCCAAGUUUAACCAGGCCCUGGAUCAGUUUGGGGAGAAGUUUCAAGCCGACGGCACCUACACGCUCAUCAUCCGCCUGAGACACAAUGUCAUCAAAACCGGUGUGCGUAUGAUCAGCCUGUCAUACUCCCGCAUCUCUCUGGCCGACAUCGCCCAGAAACUGCAGCUGGACAGCCCAGAGGACGCAGAGUUUAUCGUAGCCAAGGCGAUCCGUGACGGCGUGAUCGAGGCGAGCAUUAACCACGAGAAGGGUUACGUCCAGUCCAAAGAGACCAUGGACAUUUACGGCACGCGCGAGCCCCAGCUGGCCUUCCACCAGAGAAUCUCCUUCUGCCUGGACAUCCACAACAUGUCCGUCAAGGCAAUGAGGUUCCCACCUAAGGCUUACAACAAGGACCUUGAGUCUGCAGAGGAGCGAAGAGAGAGGGAGCAGCAGGAUCUGGAGUUCGCCAAAGAAAUGGCAGAAGAUGACGACGACAGUUUCCCAUGAUGCCACGGAACAACGAAGAACUCAAGCUUUUCUCUCUCUCUCCUCCUUUAGUGGUUUUUUUUUUUUUUUCGUUUCUCACAUGGCUAGUCAAUGUCUUUUUUUUUUCCUUCUCUUUUUCCUUUUUUUCUUUUUUUUUUUUUUUUUUUUAUUUUGUAGAGACAUAUUUCAUGAGACCCCUUCUCCCAACCCCUGCAACAGAAAAGUCAAUAUAUCAGCUGCUUGUUUAUAUUUAAAUUUACAUAUAGUCUUUGACGCUAUAGCUGGUGUAAACAACAACAACAAAAAAUGGUCAAAGUCGUUCUUUCAAAGCGUUUGGAACCAUACCCACUGUCAUGUUUACUGGUAUCACACUUAAAUAAUAGUAAUAAAAAAAAAGGUUUUCAAAGAAAAGGGACAAAGAGUAUUUCCACUAAAAAAAAACAACAAAUGGCAGAUUAGGCCAGCUCCAUAAUGUACGAAGCCUGGUCCAAUAAGAAAAGGAGUUUCUUAUGGGCACUUGUGAAAUGAAACAACACAUUAAAAAAAAAAAAAGAAGAGGUUUUUCUUUUCAGUGAAAUGUUCUACAAACACUAAAGAGCCCAUUAAACUUGCCUCACUGUUUUGUCUCUCGAUACUGGUCUCACAGUUUAAUCUUCCUCAAAGUUUGACAGCAGGGCCCUGUUUCAGAAAGCGGGU